GUGCUGUAAAUUGUUUUGUUGGUUUUGUGUGAUCCAUGAUACAGUUGACCGACUUUUGUUGCGCUGUUUUUUAUAUUAUUAUCAAAAAAUCAAGAUAGGAUUCGGGAAAAAGUCCAUCAAAGGAAUUCAAUGAAAAUGGUUAAAAUAGACAAUCGGGAAAAUACUAAACACAGCUUCAAACAGAAAUUUUGAUCGACUGAUAACAAUUGGGAAUACUGACCAAAAUGAUCAAAUUAACAUUAUUAUUAUCAAGUCUGGAACUAAUACUAGCAGACUAUUGUGAGUUUGGAACAUGUGGAGAUAACCAGUAUUGUUGUGGAGAGAACAAAUGUUGCAACAAAACUGUUGACAUAUGGUAUUACUGGGCUGGAAUACUUUUGAUAGUUAUAAUCAUAUUACUGUUACUAUAUUUCUUUAAAAAGAGUAAAUGUAAUGAACUUCAGCAAGAUGAAGAAAGGCUGCUGAUAUGAAAAUCCCUGUUCAAAUAUAGCUGUCUGUCUCUGAGUGAUUCUACAAUUGUGAUAAAUAUAUUUAGAUAUGUUUGUAUAAAAUAUUUGGAUAUAGAAACAUUCAAAUAUAAUCAAUAUUUACUGAUUGAGACCAUAAUUCUGAAAGAGAAAAUAUACCAACUCCUAAAGUUUGCAUUUUAAGCUAAAAGUUUUAAUUAUUUUAUUGCUUCUAGGUGUUGAUUUAAAAAAUUAAUAUAGUUCAACUGUAUACAUAUGUAUUUAUAAAAUAAAAUUAAUGUAUUAC